AUGGCACCUACCAGGCCACAACAAGCUACAUCUGAAAAUGCAUCGGAACAAAAUUCCCGUGUUCUCAGAAGUAAGGGUAAAGCUACCAGCCUAACCCCAGAAAAGAAAAUUGAAAUUGAAAAGAGAAUACGUGAGCUUGAGGAAGAAGCAUCCAAAGAUCCCAAAAGGCAGGCGCAGUUGGCGUCUCUGCGGACGCAGUUACUGCCAAAAGAGUCUUCUUCACUGAACUCGCGUGAAUCUAUCGACCAGGCGGCGGACAGCAACGUUGGUGGUGGUCCGCAGAACGGGCAGCAUCUGUUCGUCCCUGCCGCCGUCGCAGGUGCUUCAGAAGGCAGUCAUACAACAGCUUUGCCUCCAACUGAGAAAGCUGAAGGCAGUGAUACGACAGAUUUACCUUCAACCGAGAAAGAUGCAGAUGGUGCCGGUUCCGAUGUGGACGAUCUAACCAGUUAUAUGGGCAACCUUGGCAUCACUGAUCAUAUCGGUGGUGGGCCGAGAAAUAUUAAGCCUAUCGGCUGGUUAAAAAUGGGUUGGGGAUAUCGCCUCUUGAUACAAUACGUCAAAGCUGUGGCUUGGGUAUAUCCAGAUGGCGAGGAAUGUCCGGUAAAACUCCUACUUCCCAAGAACUGGCCAAGAAACAGACGCAAUGACCCAAUUGCCCCAGGUAUUUGGGUCAAGGUGCGACGUAUGAUCGAGCCAGAUACACCAGAAGGUGGAGACACAGAAAAUCAAGACAUCAAGCCGGCGUUCAUUGACAGUUGGGAGACAAGAAAAGACAUCGAUAAACUUAUCCAUGGGGAAGAUGUCACACUCGCGAAAGAACUCAAAUUUGGAAAGUUCACUAUCUUCGAAGAGUCGGAGGUGGUUCCUAAGAUCGAUGCCCUUAUCGUUGCAACUGCAAUUUGGGCAGAGACACGUUAUCAGAAGCGACCCGAAAUAAAGAAAGAGAAGAACCGUGAUGGCUCUCCAACACCGGCUCCUGACAUCAACGCCAUCUCGGAUGUGAACAUGACUGGGUGAAUCUAGACAUGUUGAUAAUGAUUGGUUGCGUUUUCGUUCCCGUCCCUUGGUCUCUCUCCUUUUGCUUUAUCGGUUAAUUCUUUUUUCUACAACUUCUCCCUUUCCACACAAGAAAUCGACCAUCCAUAUCGUUAGUAUGUCAGUAUAUGGGUCUCCCAGCUUAAGCUAUAACGUGGGAAUAGUCGGUGGUUGGCGGCCUGGUCGUCCAUCCGUUGUUUGCUCUCAUCGCCAGUUGUGACCCGACAGUCUGGUAAGCUAAGAGAAAAGUUGCCAGGGCAGUCGAGCGUCUUUU